AUGGGGAUAAAUGAUAAAAGCUCAACGGCGUCGAAGAAGAAGAACGUCCAAGUAGUGGUUCGUGUGAGGCCAUUAAAUGAAAAGGAGAAAGGCGAACGUUCACAUUUGGCCAUUCGCACUAAUGGACUGGCGCAAACAGUGUCAGUGAAAGAUCGUAACGCAUGGAAGGAGUUCGGACCGUUUGAUAGGGUGUAUAGUGCUGAUUCAUCACAGUCAACAAUAUACAUGGAUGUUGUUGAUCCAUUGGUCAAAGAAGUCAUUCAAGGAUACAACUGCACUAUCUUUGCGUAA